AUGCGACGAGUGUUCACUUCGCCGGCUUUUCCCUCACAUCGAUCACUUUUUCUCUCUCGACAAAAGGCCACCACAAGUGCUUCGAACACUCUUCAACAACACCAACAAUCGACCUCGUCAAUUCCGGCUCCUUCCAUUCACCGCGACAUCAAAGUGCCAUCAAUAAGCGCUCUCGAGAAAGCCUCUACACAAUCUACGUCAUUGAAGCCUUACGUCUCCGAAGAACUACAAGCGGAUGACUAUUUCAAUUUGGAAUCACUGGUGAACGUGAAGGAGAUGUUCGAUGCACGAUUACAUCUGGGGCACAAGAUAGGAACGCUAAACGACAACAUGAAGUGGGCGCUUUAUGGGGAGCGACUCGGCAUUUGCAUCUUCGAUCUCGACGUCACAAAGAAAUUCAUCGUUCGGGCGCUUAACUUUGUGGCUCAUGUUGCGGCUCGUGGUGGGAUCAUCCUCUUUGUGACGACGAACCGGGAGUCGAUGUUGAACGUUGAGAAAACGGCCAAAGAAUUGGGCGAGUAUUCGCAUUGUCGUCGCUGGCAAGAGGGCACAUUGACGAACUCGGCACAACUCGUUGGCGCCACGAUUCGUUUGCCUGAUACGAUAAUUUUUCUCUCAACGCUCACCUCGCUGAACGAGCCCCACCCAGCAAUUAUUGAGGCGGCCAAACUGACGAUUCCUACGGUUGGCGUUGUUGACUCGAACACAGAUCCCGCCUAUUUGACGUAUUUGAUCCCGGCCAACGAUGAUACACCACAAAGCGCCGAAUAUUUGUUGAGGUUAUUCAAAGAAGCUAUCACGAGGGGAAAGGCUUACCGCAAGAAGCAACAACAGUUGGAGUUU